AGCAGGGGGCGUUAUCAAAAUUUUUAGUUCCACAAAAAUAUCCACCCAACUGAAGUCACAUAGAUAAAUUGGAAACAGAACACCCAGACACGACACCACCACUAUUACACGAGCGCAACGCAUACAUACAAAGACAUAACAUACAGAGGACCUGGCAUAGAUAAUGGUACAGCAGGGCCUCGCUACGGCGAACGGUGGUCUGCAGAGCGACUCGUCCAGCGAGAGCGGCGAUGUUUCGCCGCCUUUCGAUGCGGAUCGGGAUGGGGAGCCGGAUUUGUGUGCCUUUUGCCUGGAUCGCAUACAGAUUCCGGAGAAGCUGCACUGCAACCACGCGUUCUGCAAAAGCUGCUUGGCACUGUACAGGGAAGCCCGCAACUGGGUGGCCAAGCGCUGCCCCAUCUGCCGUCGUCGCCUGGACAUGGAGGAGCGGGUGUCCAGGCAGUUGCACUAUAACUGGCGUCUUUUUGGCCUUAUGAUGAUACCGCUGAUGCUGCUCAGUCUGGGCCCAUUUUAUUUGCUGCUGCUCUACUGGUGAACUGGCAUACGAAAUGUGUACACUUGUGCCAACAGAGAUGUAUGCAAACUUGUCAGUGGAUUUUAAUUAAACGCAAAAGCCAUAAAAUGU